AUGGAAGAAGUAGUCACUACUGAAAAGGAAAUUAAAAGAAGAAUCACAACUCUGAUUGAAGAGAUCGAAAGAAAACAGAAGGUUUGCAAUGGUCGUGCCAAACAGAUCGACGAGAAACAAAGAAAAUUGGAUAGUGAUAUACUGAACGAGAUUAUUGAUCAAAAGACUGCUGUGAGAGAAGAUGAAGAAAUCCAACAAUUGCUUACAGUACAAUCCAAUGAACAAGUACAGAUAAAUUGGUUGAAAGACGAAAAAGAUAAAGAAAUACAAAACUUGAGAAAAGUUCAAGAUGCUUUAAUCCGAAAGUUUUAA